CUUCGGGAUGACGGAGCAGUGUAGCUACCUACGUAGCCCUGAGAAGUCCUGUAAACGGUUAUAAAUGGUGACCAGCGUGUCGAAAAUAGAUCCUUCAGCUGGUAGGCCCUUCUUCGCUACUCACACUGUUGAAUAGACCAUGUCGACUCAACUCCCCACUCGAGCCCUUGGCCGCAAUGGCCCCCAAAUCCCCGCGCUGGGAUUCGGCAUGAUGGGAUUAAGCGGAUUCUAUGGCGUUCCCACCCCAGACGAAGACCGCUUCAAAUUGCUUGAUCGUGUUUACGAGCAGGGUUGCAUCCACUGGGACACGGCGCAGCUGUACGGCGACAGCGAGGAGCUACUAGGCCGAUGGUUUGAGCGCACGGGCAAGAGAAACGACAUCUUCCUGGCCACUAAAUUCGGCAACAAGGUUGCGCCUGACGGAGGUCGUGAGAUUCGAAAUGACCCCGAGUAUAUCCGCUCGGCUGUUAAGGAGAGUCUGCGUCGGUUAAAGACGGAUUAUAUUGAUUUGCUGUAUUGCCAUCGAUUCAGUGGCAAAACACCCGUCGAAGAGAUUGUUGCCACCAUGAAAGAAUUCGUCGACGCCGGCAAAGUGCGCUACCUGGGCCUAAGCGAAUGUGGCGCGGACACUCUCCGUCGCGCGAGUGCUAUCCAUCCCAUCCAUGCGUUCCAGAUCGAGUAUAGUCCGUUUUCCAUGGACAUCGAAAAGCCCGAGACGGGACUCCUAGCUACCUGUCGGGAACUGGGGAUCGCCACGGUGGCAUACUCGCCGUUGGGACGUGGGAUGCUAACGGGCGCAUACAAGUCGAUCGACGAUUUUGACGAGAACGACUUCCGACGGUCGAUUCCGCGAUUCUCGCGCGAGAACUUCCCUCGUAACCUGCAGCUUGUGGAGACGCUGCAGGUUAUUGCUGCGCGGAAAAAGUGCACCUCCGGUCAGCUCGUGUUGGCAUGGAUGAUGGCGCAGGGGGGCGAUAUCUUUCCAAUUCCAGGGACCAAACGCAUUGAGUACUUUGAUGAGAACAUGGGUGCGUAUGCGGUCAGCCUGUCAGGCCAGGAGAUUCAAGAGAUUGCCGAGGCGAUCGAGGCCGCGGAGGUGCAUGGGACUAGGGUUGCAGCGCGUUUGAUGGGGGAUCUGGUGAAAGAUACGCCUCCGUUGGGGGCCUGAGGGGAGAAGGAUCGGUGUGAAUGCCUUGUGUUGCAGAGAAUAAUUGCAGAUGAUAUAAU